AUGAGUAACAUUGUGUUGGUGUCAGGACCUCCCUCCUCUGGCAAGACUACUUUGGUUAGACAUUGCUUACGUGAAUAUGAGAGUGAUCGAUUCACUUUGGUAUGGUUGAAGGGUCUGUUACAUCGUGGAGACGUGUUGGCAUUGCGUGAGAUCAUUAGGUCGAUGGAUUUACAACGUCAUAUGUCAAGUGCACAUGCUGGCAUCGACGAGAUGACAGAGAGUAUAAAGGCGGCAUUGGGUCGUAGCAAGGGUGAUGACACAGCCGAUCCAAAGUACGCCAAUAUACCAAAGCAUGACAAACCGAUGAUCAUUGUAAUGGACGACUUUGAACACAUGGUCAAGCGACAACAAAAGAAACAACAUCUACUCUACAACCUACUGGAUCUCGCACAUUACAACACUGUCAGCAUGACCCUCGUCGCCAUCACCUCCUUCCAAGAGAUCCACACCAGUCUCGAGAAGCGUCUCAAGUCUAGAUUCACUCAGUUGCGAAUCACCAUGCCAUAUGUAUCAUUCGACGACAUGAUCAAGUCUUUACACAAUCUUAUGACACUGCCACAGACAAGCGAGGUAACAUCAUCCCAAGACUCAUUUGAAAGCAAGUGGAACCAAAGUAUAACAUCACUAUGUACAGAUCGCGACCUAAUUGACACUCUCCAGCAUUGUCAUUGUUUGAACAACACAUUCCCAUACUUCUUUAAGUUGUUUACUGAGUGCUUGUAUCAAUUGGAUCAUACAAGGAUGUAUUUGACAAAGGAGAUGGUGAUGGAGACGAUAAAGAGAGCAAGGAUUACAUGGAUGGAGCGUGUGAUGACUGAUAUGUCAUUGUUUGAGUUUACACAGUUGGCAUGCAUACUCAACUUAUCAAGGAAGCAUAGGGAUUUCCCUAUAACAUCAACAUCAUUCUCUGAAGUCUACGACAUUGAGUACAGACACUUCACAACCUCAUUCUACAAGACAUCAGACAUGGUUAACAAAUCAACAUAUCACGCUGCAUUACAAACAUUACUAAAGUAUAAAUUGAUAAAGAAGGAGGGUACUAACUUUGGAGAGUUUAUGCAGUUCCAUUUGACAAUCUCUGAUAUUGAGGCUUGUACAAGAGUUGUCAAGUCUCGUGGUGAUUGUCCAUCAUCACUUCAAAGUUAUAUAAGUACUUGGUUGGAAUAA